AUGCCGUCAUCUACCUGCACCUUCUGCUCCGAAUCGUUCAAAACUUAUCAAGAACUCGUCGAGCAUCGUGAGGAAGCGAAACACUUUGACAAGCUCUACUUGUGCGAAGUUUGUAAUACAAGAUUCUCAAAGCAAAAUGGUGUCGAGAAUCACUUCCGUGAUAACCACCUUCCAGUGUCUGGAAAAGGAAAAGAUGAUGAGAAAUUGAAUCGGAUGUGGGACAAGGGAACCUACUUCACCAAAUCGGAGAAGCCAGAGCCAAAGAAGGAGCCAAAUUCUGAUGGAACCAAAAGACAAGCGGACGAUAACAAUGUUCAAAAGCCACCAGUGAAGAAAGUCAAGAAGUUUGACCCAACAAAGCCAAGCACAUCCAAGGCGGGAAAAAUUAUAUGCUGCGAAGAGGGCGUGGAGUACAAAUACAGUGCCACCAACAUCAAAUGCUCUGGAAAAAAAGAAUGUCGAGUCCGCCCUGGAGGAAGUUACAUGUUUGCAGAUGACACUGUAUACUGUAUGAGAUGUUUUGGAGUGGAGAAGAGAAAGAAGAAGGACAACAUCCUUGGAGAUAUCAAUAAUUGGAGACAAUUGGAAAAUGUCGUGGAGACUUUCGAAGCACUCAAGGAAUGCGGUGAUUGUGGAGGGCUCUGGCAUGAAAGUUGUUCGAUGACACUUGCCACCACUACAUUUAUCUGCCACAGAUGUGUCACUGGGUACUCGAUUCCCAAAAUUGAGAUCAGGCACUCAUGCCCGCUAUCCCAAUUCAUGACAGAGAGGUUGAACAAGUUAUGCGGAAAACCAGUAACCCGGAACACUGGAAUCGCGGUGGUUAACUUCACGUCGAGGAGGACAGUGGACUUGGUGGCGGAUCGCCCGAAUCAUUUGAAAGAGCAGUUUAGAAAUACGUACGGGAACACCACAAACUACACCCAAAGGAUGAUUUAUGUGAUUCAAAGAACUUUCAAGGCGGACUGCAUAUUCUUCUCAAUGAUAUGCCAUGAAUAUGAAAACCACGCUGGAACAAAGUAUUGCCUGAUUGAUACUCUCGACUCGGUACCGUACUUCACGACAACGGCUACAGUAUCCCGAGGAGCAGCACAUCACGAAAUCAUGCUCUCAUAUUUCGACUUUAUGAGACGUGUUGGCUACGAGAAAGCACAUUUAUGGGCAAACGCUCCUGUCCAGGGGGAUAACAUGAUUUUCACGUGUCACCCGAUGGCGCAGAAGUAUUUGAGUCAGGUUGAGUUGGAGGGAUACUACGAAAAGAUGCUGGCGAAAGGAGAAAAAUCAGGGAUUUUCAAGAAAUGGAGAAACUUUGGAGGAUUUAAGGAAGAUGUUGAGAGCAACCUUCGUAAAAAGAAGGAUUACAAAGGGAUCCAACCGAUCCACAUUCCAAUUUUCGAAGGAUCUCAAUGGGAAUAUUUUAACCAAAAAUACGAGCCAGAACCGGAAGACAAGGAAAACUCGGAAGCGGCGAACUUUAUGAGGAAGUUUACAAGAAACAUUCCCGAUAAUCUCACCAACACAUUCUGGAUGGAUUUGAAGAAGCGAGAUAAGCCGAUGGAUCCGGAGUUGUUGGAGGGAAGGAGGAAUUCCCAUGAAGAUCUUGGAGACAAGAUGUCAUUCUUGGAGCUGUGUGUGGAGAACAAUUGGGAGUUCUCUACUUUGAGGAGAGCCCAAUUCGCUACGAUGGGGAUCAUUGAUGUGAUAAAUAGGUUUACGGUAGUACAGGAUUAG